AUGGCCAUCACCAUGCGGUUGAUUGCCAAAUUCAACGCCUACUAUGCAGAAAAGCCAGUCCUCACGACGAUGAUUACCAACGCCCAACCCCCUCAUCUCCAUCGAGCUGACCGACCUGAAAGAAAAACCCGCACCAACGGCCCACCCCCCUUCGACUUCGAACGCCUCACCCGCUUCAUGGCCUAUGGCUUUCUCAUGGCCCCCGUCCAAUUCCAAUGGUUCGGCUUCCUCUCCCGCGCCUUUCCCAUCUCCAAGACCCGCGGCACCAUCCCCGCCAUGCAGCGAGUGGCCAUGGACCAAUUGAUCUUCGCGCCCAUCGGCCUGGGCAUCUUCUUCACCUUCAUGACCGUCGCAGAGGGCGGAGGGAAGAGGGCCGUCUUCAAGAAAUUCCAGGACGUCUAUCUGCCGGCCCUGAGGGCGAAUUAUAUGGUCUGGCCCGCGGUGCAGAUCCUCAAUUUCAGAACGGUGCCGAUCCAGUUUCAGAUUCCGUUUGUGAGUACGGUGGGGAUUGCCUGGACGGCGUAUCUGAGCUUGACGAAUUCGGCGGACGAGGAAUAG